AUGGCGAAGCUCCUGACCCGCUGGCAAACGCCCAAGAAGAGGUCCCCGAAGCAACUCGAGGAGGACCUCCUACGCGAGCGCCUCGAGCAGCUGCGCAUGGAGCACCUCAACAUCCUGUCGCCGCCCGACGAGAAGGCCAAGAAGGGCCGCUUCAAGCUCUUCGCUAAAGACGAGCCAGAACCGAUGCUCGAGCGCCGCCGCAGCACAAGCGUCACGGCGCCAGCCUUCAUCAAGAACGCGUUCCGCUCAUCGUCCGUCGGCAACAAUCCUGAUGACUCUUCGCACCUCGAAGGCCAUGACGACGAGGCGACGCUGGACAUGCUGCACGCUGACCGCCGUCGCAGCGCGAGUCUUUCGUCGAGCUUCUUGAAGAACCCGUUCCGAUCCAACUCGAUCCCAUCAUCACUUCCGUCAACAGCCGACGAGGACGAUGACCUCUCUGCGUUUCCGAUCGAGCAAAGCACGGCCGACGAAGACCCAACCAUGGAGCGCCGGCGUGGCCUCUCGACGUCAUUCUUGAAGAACCCAUUCCGGUCGUCGUCGCCCGAAGACACGGACGACAACUCGUCUACGUCGUCGCACCCGAGUACGAUCACGUCGACGCUCAAGAAGGUCUCGCGCUCCUUUUCCCGAGCCAUGUCCAAGAACCUCGACGUCGUCAUCCCGGGUGGCCGGUACGUUGGCGAGUCUGUCCAUACGGCGGCCGGCGCCGGUGUUGUGACCGAAGUCAAGCCGGACGGCAGCGCGAUCGUGCGGCUCUGCAACACGGACAUCGUCAACUGCUCGUGUGUCAUCGUCGAAGCCGACGGCGAGAUCGAGCCGCUCUCUGCUUUGCCCGGCGACUUUGUCUUUACGCACGUUGGGCCUGGCACGGUGCUCUCCUAUGACCCCAAGCUGCGCGAGUUUCAAGUGGACAUUGCCGAGGAGACACAUACGAUCGCUCCCAGCGACAUCAUUGCGUCGAGCGAAGCCAACGCGGACGACGACGACGUCGACGCUUCGCCUACGGAUGCACCAGGAAAGCCCAAGUCGACCACCAACGUGGCCCUCGAAUUUGCGCUGCGCGCCUCCAAGUACCUCAAGCCUUCGACGACGACAACACGCUUCAAGUACGCGGUGGGCCAGACCGUCUUGACAACGUUUGGCGACGGCACGAUCGUCGAGAUUCGCCCGUGUGACCACACCUACGUCGUGCAGUUUGCUGCCUUGAGCAUCGGCUAUGUCCAGGAAGAUGCCGUGAAGGCGCUGCUCAAGGCCAAGACGGGCGACGCAGUCUCAACGCGUUUUGGCACGGGUGUCGUGGCCAGCGUCGUGGACGAGAACGUCUUCAUCGUACGCGUGGACCAUGAAGACAUGUACGUGCACGCGACCGACCUCCAGCUGGCCAAGACCAAGACGUCGCCGUGGAGUCUCCGCAAGAAGGCGCCCGCAUCAUAG